GCCUGGCGGGUGGUGCAGCCGGGACGGUAAGUGCGGGUCGGCGUCCCGUCGGGGCUUCUCGCUCUCUUCUUUUUUUCCUUCUUCCCUUCAUCACCACUUCUUUUACGCAGCAUAUAGGAAUGGGAAAGCAUUGUGCUGUUUUCUCUCGCAAACUAAUGAAAUUUCGAACUGAUGCUGUCUUUAUGAUGUCGUGUGAAGCACGCGUGCAUCUGCCCACUUGAGAAAUGCGGCAUGCAGCAGAAGUGCAUCAGAACUAAUGCUGAGAUGGGAUGCCAUGCCACUGGCUCCAGGUCCCUUUGCCUGCCCUGUGUCUGUGUGUGCUGGCACGCUGCUCAGGGGAAUGUUUCACUGCCUUAAACCCAAGCCUCCUGCUUGCAAAAUCUGCAACCAGAUGAUGUGGGAACUAAUUUGCUUUAGUUUUCGGCACUGGCAUUUUGGAUCAUGAGCUGUUGGGGGCCACAGAAGCCAGGGUAGCAAACUGCAGCGAAUGGGAUGUGAGCACAAACGCACGUACAUCCCCACAGACACCCUGGUUUUCUGGACGUCACAUUGUCCCAGGCCAGUGCUCUCAAUAGAAAGCCAACAGCACAGAACUGAAGUUGGAGUGAAUGAAACCUCUGAUUUCCGCAGGUGAACUGUUGCUUACUUUCCUCAGGCCCAGGACUUCAUCCCCUGCAGAUGUGAAGCUCCUGCAACGCACGCUCCAGUUUCCAAGGGACGCAUGAGGAGAUGAGGUGUUCAGGUGCCUUUGCUGCUGGCCCAAGGCAGCACAGAGCUCUGCGAGGCAGGGAAGCCGGGAGCUGCCCAGGAAGCUCAGAAGCUCUGCUUGGAUAAGAACAACUGCCUCAGGCCCCUCCCUACCAGGGAAGCCCCCCAUGGACUGUAGGCAUUUACCUGAGACCCGCGAGGAGACCCUGAGCCCAGAGCCCGAGUCACCAUCACCUCCAGCUGCUGGCAGCAGCUCCUGCCUACCCCCCGCAGUCGGGCAGCGGGCCGGGCCGGGCCCAGGGCGACCCGCAGCCGCCAACGCCGCACGGGAGCGCAGCCGGGUGCAGACCCUGCGCCAUGCCUUCCUGGAGCUGCAGAAGACUCUGCCCUCCGUGCCGCCCGACACCAAGCUCUCCAAGCUGGACGUGCUCCUCCUGGCCACCACCUACAUCGCACACCUCACGCGCAGCCUCCAGGAUGAGGAGGAGUCUCCAGGAGAGGCACUGGGAGCCCUCCGAGGAGAUGGGUACCUCCAUCCUGUCAAGAAAUGGCCAAUGCGAUCCAGGUUAUACAUUGGAGCGACAGGACAGUUUUUGAAUCACUCAGCACAAGGAGAAAGCGCAAACCAAGGAGAAACAUCAACAAAUUCUCAACACUAGUCUCCCUUUUCAUUUAAAAAAAAGAAAAAGUUAUUUAUUACACCAUAUAUAUAUUUAAAUUUUAAAAAAAUAUCAUAUCAACAAGCCGUAAUUCCUGAAAUACUGUUUGUGGAUCAGAAGGAAUUGGUUCUUAAAGAUCUCUAAUACCUCACUAACUUAAUGUGACUUAUCAUUGGCUUCCAUCACUGAGGAUACUGCUGGUAUCUGAACCAGGGCAACAGGAGAAGGCAGCUGCUGUCAGCACUGAUGGACAGCAUAGCUACAGGCUCAAGACUGCUAAUGACAGCUGUUCUCAUCCAUCUCUGCACAGGAAGCUGAUAGGUACAGGAUGGGAAAAAGAGACAGGGAAAUGCAUACUGGCUAAGUGCAGUGCAGUACAAGCUCUGAAGAAAAGCAAAUGGCAAACAAGUCUGCAAAUAGCCAUCAAAAUAACACGUGCCCUUUCCUCAUGGUGUGAAGUCAAUAGCAGAAAGCCCACAGACAGCAGUCAGGUCAUGCCUUCAUCCUUCAGGUAGUCAUAAAUGCAUGGAGCUCUUUGAAAACUGAGGUGCACAUUCACUUUAAGUAAAGAUGUGCUGAAACUUAUCCUACACGCAUACAACAAACACAGACUGCUCUAUAGAUUAAAUGUAGUUCCAUUAAUUAAGUAUUGCUUGUAUUGAUCUAUAGCCUUGUUGCAUGUGAAAUGUCUGUUAAGUGUUACCCCAGAAUUAUUACAUCAAGAUACGCUCCUCUCAUCUGGGGCUUCAGAUGAAUGAGCCCUGAGAGCUGGCUUGUUCACAGCACAUGAUUCACUACAUUAUUUCCUAUAUUUAGGCAAGAAACAUUGAAACUAAAUGCACCAAUACCAUCUAAUGUAUCUGUUCUGUGAAACACCGUACUUGUCAUAUAUUGUUAUUGUCAAGGUAAACAUUAAAUAUUAUUCACUGGACGUUAUAUUUUUAUUGAGCUGCAAAAUCUGCAUCACUUCUGUUCCUAAUUGCAUAGGGUGAACAGUUACUGAUAAUAACGGAGCUGUUUCAGUGUUAUUAGAGGAAUGGGGUAAUUUUGGCUGUUUAAUUUUAGGAGGUCAUUUACAAUAACUGUUCUGAGGACUUCCUCACAACUUAAGUCUUAAAAUAACGCACGAGAUGAGGGCAUAAAAUGCAGAUGAAGAUUUAGGCUGAGAAAACGCCAAGUAGGAUGGCAGAAGCACGGAGAAGUCACACGGGGUUCACACCUCACUAAAACCUAUAUGAAUGGCAUCGGGUCAGGGCAAAAAGGAGUGGUGAAAUUACAGCCAGAAGGCAGUGCCAAACCUCAGCCUGCACUGCGGGCAGGUAAUAACAUGCCGGUGAGUCACCACUAGGAGGAGAAAACACGACGUGUUUGCGCUGCGUGCUGUUACCUGGCGCAGCAGCUCCUAAAUAACACACCUGGAGGGGACAGAAUUCAGGAGGCCCACAGCAAAGCAACACAAAAUGCCACCCACCGGUCUGCAAAGGUUUCUUCCUUUCGUGCCACUGCGAGGCUCUGGGAAGUAAGCACGUAAAACAGCAGGGACGCACGUGUGAACAGCACGGCCGGCCCAGAGAUGGCAGAGGUCGGCCGGCACGGGGGAACUGACCUUUAGAGGCCCCUGCCAACCGUACGGCUCUAAGCUGCGUCCGCACGCUGCUACCGAAGGGAGCGGUUUGUCACAGGCUGUAGGACGCGGCGCGCUCCCCCUCAGCACCGCUCCGCUCAGAGACGCGGAACGCCCUCCGCCCGCAAAGCCACAGCCGCUGCGAGCCGCUCCCGCUCUUCCAACCCCCCGCGCCAGAGCCCAGAGCCGCGCCUGCACACACCCCGACCUCCCACCGACUCACCGUCACCACAGCGCGACAGCGACGCCACGCUUUGCGCGUGCGCAGCUCCGCCGGAGGUGCCCGCAGGCCCGCGCGCCUUUCCCGCCCCGCCCCGCGGCGCGCGCUCUAUUUAAGGCUAGCACGCGGCCAGCUCCCCCUUUCCCGAGGCGGCGCCGUGCGGAGCCGCGUCCUCCAGAGCGGCGGCAGCGAUGGGCUUUACGGACGGGCCUGGUUGUGCGGGGCGUGGGUCGGUGGUGCUGCAGCGGCUGCGCCGGAGGAGCCGCUCUCAGUUCCGUGAGGCUUGGGGGCGCGCCGCUCCUGAGGGCGGGCUGCCGGCUGGCCCCGUGCUGUGCGGCGGCCACGGGGUACGGCGCCGGUCCCGGGUGGUUGCAGAGGGCUGUGGCCUUGCAGCUCCACGUCAGUCUCAGCGCUUGAUGCUUUAAGCAACAAAAGCAAUUAGAAGAUGAGUUGGUUUCUUCAGGAAUCUUCAGGCUCUGUGCUGUUAGCUUGCAAGCAGGAAGAUGUCACAUGAAUUCUGACAGGAGAAAGUAUCUCUCACUGUUCUUAGCAGUAAGGAAAUCAUCCAGAGCUAUCUCCUGAAAUCUAGAUCCAAACUUCUGCAGCUGUUAAAGGCUUGUAAAUUGUCUUAUUGAUGGAACAAGGUAUACAAUCAUCUGCACGAAGGGUUAAGUCUUAAACUGUCCUAGACAGUAUUCCUCAGCACAGACCAGUUAAUACAUUUUGAAUUAUUGACUUCCUACUACAAAGCUUUUUACUUACAAUUUGUCUAUUACUCAGCUCAGUUUGCCUUAACACAUACUACUGCCAUGAAUAUUGGAAGAUGUUAUCAGAUGACUUUCUCCGCUGACUUCAAGCUGUGUAUAGCCAACAGAAGACUGUUGAUUUCCAGAAGUAUGGGCCUUUAAGAAGGCUGAGAACAGUGUGAAACAUGGAUUUCUAAUGCACUUGGAAAUGCUUUGCUGGCCCUCCUGCUUCUCAGAAGCGCUGCUUGAUUUGAUUUGUGCUCUGGGUGAAGUCCUGUGACUUUUAAUACCAUGCUGAAAGGAAGAAGUUGAGUAAGAUGGAGUUAGAGUUUAGAUGAAAAUGUGAAUAAUAAGUUCAAGUGAGAGUGGACUGAGAAGUAGCCUUCAGACACUGUUGAACUUGGUAUGAAUAGUUAAGUGCAGUCAAAAUUUGAUUACAGGGUUAAAACACAGGAAAACUUGGGUUCUUGCAUAAAUUAGUGUUUAUAAUAAUGUUGGAAACUGUUCUGCUCAUUUUCAGUGCAGUGUUUGUAUAAAUAAAAUCCUGGAUUUAUAUUUC